AUGCAAGCAAUUGAUAACCAAUUUGUUUUCGAAUCUAAAAAUUUAGAUAAAUCAUUGGAACUUGAAACAUCUAUAGAGUUUAAGAAUUUAAUUGAUACACAACAAGAUGAUUUACAAUAUUAUUUGAGUCCUAAUCCAGCCAAUGUUAAGAGAAUACAUCACCAGUUCGCACAGACCAAUGUAUUCAAGAAUGUUUUAACAGAGCCACCACGUCCAACAGGUUUCCUAAUGAAGUUCAUUUUCCUGUUCCACCCAAUACUUUUAUUCCUAUUUAUUCUACCAUCGAUUCUUACAUUCUGGGUGUUGUUCAUCACUGGAAGCAAUUCAAUGAAACCAUUUGCCUAUAUUGUUUUCUUAAUGACUCCAUUGGUAUUCCAACUUAUUCUAUUGAUCUAUCACUCUAGAUCUUGUAUAUUCUUAAGUUAUGGUAGACAGGCUGUUUCAAGAAAAUAUAAUAUAAAUUAUGGUGAAGAAAAUAGAUAUCAAUUAGUAGAUUUACAUAGUCAACAAGUGAUUGCAUUGUUGGAUCAAAGGGUAGAAGAUGAAGAUGCUAUGUAUCUUUAUAUGCCAAUUUCCAAUCAAGUAUUUAAUAUGUCCUAUUAUGAAUCAACCUUUAGAGUUAAUGCCAUUGGACAAUGGAAAGUAAUCUUCACCUGGAAAGCAUUACUCAGCUUUUUGGUAUUUGGUGUUUUGGUAACUGAAUUCAUUUUACUUUUUGUCUUGAGAAGUUGGUUAUUUUUAUUAUUUUAA